UGACAUACACCUUUCCGACUAUUUUAAACCUCUUUACACAGCUGUUGAAUUACUGACGCGUCAUUUAAUAAUAUAGUUCGCAUUUAAACACCCCUGACCUCUGAGUGUGUCCAAGGUUCACAGUUGUCUUUUUCAGUCUUUGACAGCUGCUUUACGCGACUCCCGUUUGCUCAGCCCGAAUUCUUUCUGACUAGAUGAGGGCUCUAUAUUUAGAGAAGCGGGGCUUAAAUUGCUUGUGUUGGUGCUCUGUGUUAUUUCAGCCUCUUACAACUGAGACGGCACAACGAGAGGAAGUAUCGUAUCCUCAUCAAGCGAAUUUUAAAGAUGGAACCAAUGAGUGUCAAAGAGGACCUGAGGCUUUUUCAGAGCACCCUGCUUCAGGAUGGCUUGAAGGAACUUCUGAAGGAGAACAAGUUUGUGGAUUGCAUACUGAAAGUUGGAGAUCGGAGCCUUCCCUGCCAUAGACUCAUCAUGGCUGCGUGCAGUCCGUAUUUCCGAGAGCUGUACUUUACUGAAGACGGCACAGAGAAGAAAGAUGCCAACAAGGAAGUAGUGUUGGAGAAUGUGGAUCCCAACAUAAUGGAUAUGAUAGUGAACUACCUCUACUCUGCAGACAUCGAUAUUACCGAUGACAAUGUGCAAGAUGUCUUUGCGGUCGCUAAUAAGUUUCAGAUCCCAUCAGUGUUCACGGUUUGCGUCAAUUACCUACAAAACAAGCUUUCAUUGGGAAACUGCUUGGCUAUCUUCAGGAUGGGGCUGGUUUUGAAUUGUCCGAGAUUGGCUGUGUCCGCUAGGGACUUCAUAGCGGAGCAUUUUGAGACUUUAUCCAAAGACGAAGAAUUUCUUGAGUUUAACGCUCCUGAGUUUUUUGCCAUUAUUGGGUGUGACGCUCUCAAUGUUGAAAAAGAAGAGCUUGUGUUUGAGCUCUUGAUGAAGUGGGUGCGAAAAAACAAAGAAAACCGGGCGAAGGCUUUGGGCGAUGCUUUCGAACACAUUCGCUUUCGACUACUGCCGGAAAAAUACUUGAAGGAGAAAGUGGAAAAGGAUGACAUUAUUAAGGCCGACCCCGAACUCAUCAAGAAGCUGAAGGUCAUUAAGGAUGCUUUUGCUGGAAAACUUCCACAAAUAAAGGAGGGUGAGAAAGAAGGAGAGGGCGAAAAUGAGUUGCCUGGUUUUCUGAAUGACAGCCAACGGCUGGGGAUGUUCAACAGGGAUCUCAUCCUGAUGAUAAACGACACUGCAGCCGUGGCCUACGACGCCAACGAGAACGAAUGCUUUCUAGCAGCGAUGGCUGAGCAGAUUCCUCGAAACCACGUCAGCAUCACGUCAAAAAAGAAUCUGUUGUAUGUUGCAGGAGGACUGUUUGUUGAUGAAGAAAACAAGGAUUCGCCGCUGCAGUGCUAUUUCUAUCAGAUGGACCCCCAUUCUCCAAACUGGAUUGCUCUGCCUCCGAUGCCAUCGCCCAGGUGUCUUUUCGCCAUGGGGGAGUUUGAAAAUCUCUUGUUUGCUGUCGCUGGAAAAGAUCUGCAGUCCAACGAGUCUCUGGAUUCAGUGCUGUGUUAUGAUGUCGAUAAGAUGAAGUGGCUGGAGACCAAAAAGCUUCCCUUAAGAAUUCACGGUCACAGUGUGAUCUCACAAAAUGGACUUGUUUAUUGCAUAGGAGGAAAGACAGAUGAAAAUAAAACCAUCAACAAGAUGUUCGCGUACAACCACAAGAAGUCUGAAUGGAAAGAGCUGGCAGCCAUGAAGACCCCCAGAUCCAUGUUUGGUGCAACUGUUCAUAAAGGAAAGAUCGUUGUGGUUGGAGGAGUCAAUGAAGAUGGCCUUUUAUCCUCUUGUGAAGCGUAUGACUUUGGCACAAACAAAUGGGAGGUUUUCGCAGAGUUUGCGCAGGAGAGAAGCUCUGUGAAUGUGCUCAGUGUUGACGGUGUGCUUUAUGCGGUCGCUGGAUUCACGAUAAAGGAGAACGAAGACAAACAGUGUGUGCCGUCAGAAAUCACAGACAUCUGGCAAUAUGAGGAGGACAAGAAGCAGUGGUCUGGAAUGAUCGGAGAGAUGAGAUACGCUUCUGGUGCCUCCUGCGUUUCUAUGAGACUGAAUGUAGCAAAGAUGCCCAAACUCUAAAUUCUACAGUAUUUACAAUCAGAUGUUGGACACAAGCUACUAGAAUAAUAAUGUUUUUAAACUGACAAAGUCAGAGUUAUUAGCCCUCCUGAAUUAUUAUCAUUUCCCCCAAUUUCUGCUUGACAGAAAUAUUUAUUCAGAACAUUUCUAAACAUAAUAGUUUUAAUAACUCAUUUGUAAUAACUGAUUUAUUUUAUCUUUGCCAUGAUGACAGUAAAUAAUAUUUGACUAGAUAUUUUCCAAGACACUUCUAUACAGCUUAAAGUGACUUUUAAAGGCUUAACUAGGUUAAUUAGGCUGGUUAGUAACUGUAAACCAAGGAGAAGGCAUUAUAUCACUAUUUAACUAGGUUAAUGGACUCUAUGCACCAUCUCUCCUGCAUUCAUCAUUAACAGAAAGUUGUAAAUACUACAAUAUUCAAUAUAGUAUGGCUAAACAUUUAAUAAUAUUUAACACAACAUACAAUUACAGCGUGUUACUUCUAGUACAUUAUUUGUAUGUGCCAUCAAUCUGUCUCUUCUUGUUGUGUUUCUCUCUUUGAAUUAGCAGGAUUUGAACGCGGGUAACAUAAGACAGUCCAGUGAUGUCAUUUCGGACAUGUUUAAUAACAACUUAACUGAACUAUAAUACACGGUCAAAAAACUGUCUUGCUUCCAUCUUCAUGACACAACUUCUUCCUUCCCGGAAGUGACAUCAGCAUAUACUCUAUAUUAAAAAUUAAAUUACUUUGCGUAAAAUAUUUUCAAGUUUGCCUUUUACAUUAUUAUUAAUUUAACAUAAAUAAAACAGUGAACUUAUGGCUCUCAUAUUAUUUUUCAUUUGUACCUUUAGAACCUUAUAACAUCCCCAAAAGCAGCAUUGAAGCAGUUUCAGUCACUCCACCUCUUCAUGGAGAUUGUCAGCCCGAUCUGGUGCAUCAAUCAACUGCUGUGGGUUCUGGAAAUGAACAAUAAUGAUGUGCCAGAAGUAUAAAUCUUCCUUCUUUGCCGUGCUCUGAUGCGUUUAGGUUUUGCUGCUAUUAGAUGUCACUGUGGAACGCGCUAUGUGAAAGUAAAGAGACUGACUGAGAUUCUAUCGCAAAAACGUCAGCAGAGUUCGUGCAUAGAGUCAGUUUGGGUUUUAGGCAAGUCAAUGUAGAACAGUGGUUUUUUCUGUGGACAAUCAGAAAUAAAUAGGGAUGUAACGGUAUCAGAAUUUCACGGUACCAUAAUACCUCGGUAUGAAUGGCACGGUUCUGUAUUUAUUGAAUAAUUUACAGGAAAAAAAAAAAAACUACUGAAAAGAUUC